ACAGAAUUUCAGGCAUUUUUUUGAACAUAUCCAAGCUCUUCACAUGUAUCUAUAACAGAGAAAUAGUGUUAAUGUUUUAAUACAAGGAAGAAAGAAACUAGAGGAACAACCUCUGACCUGUGAGCUUGUUCUAGAUUGGUGAAAAGGUACUCGUAACCAUAAGCUGCCUUGCAGUUUAACCAAACACCAUGGCACGGACUCUGACAGACCCAGUCCUGGACCAGCUGGCUUAUCCCUGUCAAACAAGCCUCCUAAAACAGAAGAAAAAACACUGUUAUGAACCGACCCGACAAGCUCAAGUCUGUAUGAUUUAAUAAGGUGAGUAAAUGCUUACCCUGCUAGGUAUCUGAUGAUACUUGGGAUCAAGGAAUGUGGUGUCGAUAUACACAUUUUGAAUGUCUUUUACCCUGCAGCACAAACACAUGAAUUCUACUAUAUACAAAAUGUGCUGUACCUUUUUAAAUAUGUGAUACAUUCUUAAUGCAUGCUCCUGCUCUUAUUUUGCAGCGAUUGCUUACAUGACUGAUCCUGGAUAGUGUCCUGCUGGAAGCAGAGUAACAACAACAUCCUAUGACUGAAGACAAAAAUGUAUACAACUUCAGAUCAGCUCCAAAAAUACUCAAAAGAUUAAACUAGGAGCUAAAACCCCACCUCUCCAGUGAUUUCAUCUAUCAGAGAUAUAAAUCAUGUCCUGUGCUGUUUUUCUGGAUAACAACGCCAAGCCGAAGUCCAUGAGCCGCGCAAAGCAGUGGACAGGAGAGAUUGAGGACCUGUACAGAUUUCAGCAGGCUGGAUACAGAGAUGAGCUGGAGUACCGACAGAUCAAACAAGUCGAGAUUGACCGUUGGCCAGACACUGGGUUUGUGAAGAAGCUUCAGCGUCGAGAUAACACAUUCUACUACUACAACAGAAAGCGAGAGUGUGAAGAUCGAGAGGUCCAUAAAGUCAAGGUGUAUGCGUACUGACAGCUCCUCGACCCAGCCAGCACUUAUGCCAUUUUACGUUUUUUAGUUUUGAAAUACUGUCUUUAAAUAAAUGCAUAAUCACAGUGUAUUCUUAAUGUAAGCCUGGUUACAAUGAUAAAUGAUGAUAAACAUUUUUCAUGCGAAUGAACCAUUUGAUGUUUCAUAUUUAUAAAUAGCCAGCCUUUCAUCUUUUCACUAAAUUCUCCAAAAGAAACCAGUUAAACAUAGGUUGGUUUAGGUGCACAUUUAUCUAAUUGUAGUGGUUUGCUCUUUUUCCUUAGUUAUGCAACACACUAUAAUAAACCAAUGUAUGUACAGUGUUUGUAAUUAUGCAGAGACUAUUUAUUUAUUUAUUUUUACUUUGGGUUUGUGACAAAGUUAUCAAACACUGAUGAGGUGUAUUGGACAAUAAAACAAAAUAGCUUGCGAA